UUUUUUAUCCGAUCAAAAUUCAAAGAUUCGGUCUAGAUUUUUGGAAGCAUUCGUGUCGAAAACCCAGAUAAAGUCAAUCAAUCUCCCUUUCCCUCCGCCUGUGGAUGUGCAGACACUGUCUUUAGCCAAAAAAUUUGUCAUAAAAUUUGAGGUACAACUGUUUUACUUGCUUACUUUGCUGCUGAUUCUAGCGUGUAAUCCAUAUGUUAUUCAAUACCAUAACCUCGAAGAAACAUGGAAGCCAACAAUGGAAUUGCGGAAGAUAUUACCGAAUUAAUAGGAAACACCCCUAUGGUUUAUCUUAAAAAGAUGGUGGAUGGUUGUGUUGCUCGCAUUGCCGCCAAAUUAGAGACUAUGGAACCCUGCUCAAGUGUAAAAGAUAGGAUUGCAUUUAGUAUGAUUAAAGAUGCAGAAGACAAGGGUCUGAUUACCCCUGGGAAGACGGUGUUGGUUGAGGCCACCAGCGGCAAUACUGGGAUCGGGUUGGCUUUCAUUGCAGCAACUAGAGGUUACAAACUUAUUCUAGUUAUGCCAGCUACUUAUAGCAUGGAAAGAAGGAUUGUUAUGCGGGCUUUUGGAGCAGAGUUGUGCAUCACAGAUGCAGCCAAGGGCAUUGAUGGUGUUUUUCAGAAAGUCGAUGAAAUAGUAGCGAAAACGGCCAAUAGUUAUUUUCUUAAGCAAUUUGAUAAUCCUGCUAACCCAAAGAUUCAUUAUGAAACAACCGGACCGGAGAUAUGGAAUGGCUCUAAAGGGAAAGUUGAUGCUUUCGUUUCUGGCAUAGGGACAGGUGGCACCGUGACUGGCGUGGGGAGGUUUCUUAAGGAGAAAAACGCAAACAUAAAGGUAUAUGGUGUAGAGCCAACUGAAAGUGCUGUACUAAAUGGAGGAAACCCCGGACCUCAUAAGAUCCAAGGAAUUGGAGCGGGCGUUAUUCCUGAUGUUUUGGAUGUCAGUGUUCUUGAUGAAGUUGUUACGAUAUCUAGUGAAGAAGCCAUUGAAACUGCUAAGCUUCUAGCACUCAAAGAAGGGUUGCUGGUGGGGAUUUCAUCCGGGGCUGCAGCAGCCGCUGCCAUUAGAAUAGCAAAACGACCAGAAUACGCUGGAAAGCUCAUCGUUGUGGUUUUUCCGAGCUUCGGGGAACGUUAUUUGUCGACCGUGUUAUUUGAUUCGGUGAGGAAUGAAGUCGAAAACUUGCCAAUUGAAUGA